AUAGUGUAUUAAAUUUCUGUACGCUUAGUACUUCUUCAACCUAAGGUAACUAAUGUCUAGCAAACAUUAAUUACAAAAACUAAUUACAUCAAAUGUAACUGUGAGCACUCUGUAAUAUUAUUCGGUUCUAAUUCUUGUAAAUACAUAAGUGCAUUCUUUCUGACUAAAGAAACUAAAUUUCUUAAAACGAAAUUGCUGAACCCCCUCUCACCAGCACGUCAUAAAUUGCUUGCAAAAUUAUUCAACACCAUUUUUUAUUCAAUUAUCCACAAUUACUUUCCACGAUUCACUUGGAGAAUUUUUAUUUAUAAUAAUUGAGAAAUCAGAAAAAGGGGAAUUCAGUGAAAGAAGAAACAAUCAGUGAAAUCACAUUUUUUUACUAACCUGCUGAGAUAUAUUUUCGGCUGACUUCCAACAAGUGGUUGAUGCUUAACUGGAAGCAUAAAAUAAACGGACAAAGGUAAUUCAACAGUUGCUGAUCAAUAAAAAUAAUAGUGAAUGGGCUCGUUAACAACAUCAGUGCUAUUGACUUUAUUUUAAAAAAUCACCAACAAUAUGAACCGAGAAGAGACUACAUUUUUAGAUUCAAAAACUAAAGAAGAUGCCAAAAAUUCGUUUGAAUCAAAAAUUGCAAAAUCAAGACAACUGAAACGAGAAAAUGAAAGGGAUUACAUAUUGAGUAAGAACCCAUAUCACAGUACAAUUUAUGAAAAAGCCUUCAGGAGAUCAAUUGAAGCUCCAGAAGAAUUUUGGGCAGAAGUAGCAGAAGAGGUAGAAUGGAGUAAACGAUGGGAUAAGGUUUUAGAUAAUUCUAAUGAACCCUUUACAAAAUGGUACGUAGGUGGAGAAAUAAAUGCAUGUCACAAUGCAGUAGAUCGACACGUAAAGGCAGGAUAUGGAAAGAAAAUAGCUUUAAUACACGACAGCCCAUUGACAUCAACUGUACGUAAAGUGACAUACGAUGAGCUGCUAGAGAAGACAUCAAGAUUAGCUGGUGCAUUGGCUAAUAUGGGUGUACAAAAGGGUGAUAGAGUUCUAAUUUAUAUGCCUUUAAUUCCUGAGACAGUGAUUGCUAUUCUCGCCAGUGCACGUCUUGGAGCCAUUCAUUCUGUUGUCUUCGGAGGUUUUGCACCAAAUGAAUUAGCAACGAGAAUUAAUCAUGCUGAACCCAAGGUCGUCAUUGCUGCUAGUUGUGGAUUGGAACCAACGAAAAUUAUCAAAUACACUACAAUGGUAAACGAAGCUAUGGAACUUAUCUCAGUACCUAAACCAAAGUGCAUCGUUUUUCAACGACGAAAUGUCUGGGAAGCUCCACUUCAAAGUUAUCAAAAAGACUUUGAUAAAUUAAUAGAAGAAUUCGAGCCACACCCAUGUGUACCAGUAGAAGCUAAUGACCCUUUGUAUAUCCUCUACACUUCUGGCACAACAGAUAAUCCAAAAGGUGUGCAAAGACCAGUCGGUGGACAUAUAGCAACCCUCUGUUGGACUAUGAGAACUAUUUAUGGGAUGAAUAAAAAUUCUGUUUGGUGGGUAGCUUCGGACCUUGGGUGGGUCGUUGGGCAUUCUUACAUCUGUUACGCACCACUACUUUAUGGAAUAACCAGCAUUAUGUAUGAAGGAAAACCAGAUAGAACACCGAAUGCUGGCCAAUAUUUCAGGAUUAUUGACCAAUAUGGUGUUAAUGCUUUAUUCACUGUUCCAACCGCUUUCCGAGUUCUUCGUCGAGCUGAUCCUGAAACUAUUUUGGGUCAAAAAUAUUCUACUAAGUCACUUAAAGCAAUAUUUGUUGCUGGAGAGCACUGUGAUUACGAAGCAAAAUCAUGGGCGGAAAAUGUUUUCAAAGUUCCUAUCCUCAAUCACUGGUGGCAAACCGAAACAGGCCAUGCAAUUACUGCAACUUGCAUCGGUCUAGGCCACAGUUUGAAUCCUCCAAAAUAUACCACGGGAAUGCCAUUCCCUGGUUACAAUGUUCAAGUGUUACGAGAGGAUGGACAACAAGCAUCUGUUCAUGAACUUGGAAGGAUUGCAGUAAAAUUACCUCUUCCUCCAGGAACGAUGUCAACCUUGUACAAGGCACCUGAUCGUUUCAAAGAAAUUUAUUUUUCCAAAUAUCCGGGAUACUAUGACACCAUGGAUGCUGGAUACAUUGAUGAGUAUGGAUAUGUCUACGUCACAGCAAGGGACGACGAUGUAAUUAAUGUGGCAGGCCAUCGACUGUCAACUUCAGCUUUGGAGGACGUCGUUUUACGUCACCCAGAUGUUGUAGAUACAGCCGUUGUAGGUGUUCCUGAACCAACAAAGGGAGAGAUACCUUUGUGUCUUUAUGUCAUGAGAGAUGAUACUACCAAAAAUGAAGAACAAAUAAACCAAGAGUUAAUAGCAAAAGUAAGACAAUUGAUUGGACCAAUUGCUUCCUUCAAAUUAGCAGCAGCAGUUAAAGGAUUACCUAGAACUCGUUCAGGGAAAACCAUUCGGAAAUCUAUUGUGGAUUUGGCACGUUCGAGAGUUUUCAAAAUACCUAGUACUAUUGAAGAUCCUACCGUUUAUAAUGAUAUUAAGCGAGUCUUGAAAAAUUUGGGAUACUGUAAAUCAACUUCUGCUCUUCAAUAAAAUCGUGUAAAGGUAUUCUUAGUUAUCGAUGUAAUAAUCAAGUUACUAUACUGAUCACUGUUUACGUAUUUGCAAGUAACAAAUUAAAAAAAUAUUUACAUAAGUUUUUUUGUGAAAAAUUAAUUGAUUUAAUUGUAAUUUAUUAAUAUUUUAUACAUAAAAAAUCUUGAAAAAAGAAAAAUUCCAAUUUAUGUACAACAAUAACAGUAUAAUUCAAAUUGUAAAAAUAAUUUGUAUUUCAUACAAAUAAAAUA